UUUCUCCCGGUGUGGCGGCCUCUGCGGCUCGUGUUAGCAGGCCGGCUGGAGAGGAACAGGCGGGGAGCGCGAGCGAGCAACGGAGAGACCCGGUAGGGCGCGAGGGAAAGAGCGAGAGCGACGAUCGUCGGGUCCGGGGCCUGGGACGGAUAUCACGACCUCCUGCAAUGCCGUCCAAUAGUCCGACCGCCGACGGGCCAACGCAGACGCCGGAGAACCACAGCUCCGCUGACCUGAGUGAAGGCGGACUGAACCAAGCCAGUCCGGAGGGGGGCACGCUGGCCAGCCCCACACCCCCUCACAGAGUGGGCCGGCCCGGGAGGAAACGCAAGCAACUUCCUGAGCUGGUGACCUCUGACCCGUGCACCAACGCCCCCCCGACCCCGCCAGAGGAUUGUGACCCCUCCCCCUCCCCACGCAGGAAGCGCGGGCGACGGAAACUAGAGCACCCCGAGAGGCGUAAGACUGCGUAUGAACCAGACGACAGCACCUGUGACUCCCCCAAAGAGCAAGGUGAGGGCGGCCGUCUGCGGCGGAGGCCGGUUCCCAGAGUGACGUUCCAGGCAGGAGACCCAUACUACAUCAGCAGGAGACAGAGGGAUGAGUGGCUCAGCCGCUGGAAGAUCGAGGCGGAGAAGCGGGCGUACCGCGAGGCGGAGAUCAGCAUGAUGGACGACCUGUCCGAGGGAGACUUCCAGAAGGAGGAGGAGGAGGAGGAGGAGCCGGCCAGCCCGCCGGCCCCCUCGGCCCCGUCAGCUCUGCCCCUUCCUCCUCCUCCUCUGCCACCUCUCCUUCCUCCGCCGCCGCAGUCCCCCACCCCGCCGCCCCAGCAGCACACCGACCCCGCCUCGCCCACCGUCGCCAUGACGCCAGAGCCCGUGGCCAGGGGGGGCGAGCAGGCCACCCCUAGCGAGGUGGAGUACCAGGACGGCCGGGGCUUCGGCAUCGGGGCGCUGGUGUUCGGGAAGCUGCGGGGCUUCUCGUGGUGGCCGGGCCGCAUCGUGUCCUGGUGGAUGAGCGGGCGCAGCCUAGCCGCCGACGGGACCCGCUGGGUCAUGUGGUUCGGCGACAGCAAGUUCUCUGUGGUCUGUGUGGAGAAGCUGAUGGCGCUGAGCUCCUUCUCCUCUGCCUUCCACCAGUCCACCUACAACAAGCAGCCCAUGUACCGCAAGGCCAUCUACGAGGCUCUGCAGGUGGCGAGCACCAGGGCGGGUUGGCCCCUCCCCUCCUGUGAUGCGGGCGAUGACACUGAGGGCCAGGGGGUGGAGCUUCAGACCAGACAGCUGAUAGAGUGGGCCAUGACCGGCUUCUUACCCAGCGGAGCCCAGGGGCUGGACCCUCCAGAGGAGGAGCGCAUCCCCUACAAGGACGUGUACCCGGAGACGUGGGCGGAGCCCGAGGCGGCAUACACCCCUCCCCCCCCCGCCAAGAAGCCCCGCAAGAACACAGUGGAGAAGGCCAAGAUCAGGGAGGUGAUCGACGAGGGCACCCGAGAGAGACUCAUCUGUGAGGUCAAGAAGAAGACCAGGAACAUAGAAGACCUGUGCAUCUCCUGUGGCAGUCUGAACGUCUCCCUGGAGCACCCCCUCUUCAUGGGGGCCAUGUGCCAGGGAUGCAAGAACUGUUUCCUGGAGUGUGCGUACCAGUAUGACGAUGAUGGCUACCAGUCCUACUGCACCAUCUGCUGUGGCGGCAGGGAGGUGCUUAUGUGCGGGAACAACAACUGCUGCAGGUGUUUCUGUGUGGAGUGCGUGGACCUCUUGGUGGGCACGGGCUCGGCAGCGGUGGCCAUCAAGGAAGACCCCUGGAACUGCUUCAUGUGUGGGCCGCGCAGUGGCCACGGGUUGCUGCGGCGACGUGAAGACUGGCCCUCACGGCUGCAGCUGUUCUUCGCCAACAACCACGAGCAGGACUUUGAGCCAGCUAAACUAUAUCCCCCUGUAGCAGCAGAGAUGAGGCAACCAAUCAGAGUGCUCUCUCUUUUCGACGGCAUUGCGACAGGCCUGCUGGUGCUGAGGGACCUGGGCAUCCAGGUGGAGCGCUACGUGGCGUCGGAGGUGUGUGAGGACUCCAUCACGGUGGGCAUCGUGCGGCACCACGGCCGCAUCAUGUACGUGGGCGACGUGCGCACCGUCACACACAAACACAUCCAGGAGUGGGGUCCCUUCGACCUGGUGAUAGGGGGAAGCCCCUGCAAUGACCUGUCCAUAGUCAACCCCGCGCGGAAGGGCCUCUACGGUAAGAAGGGGACGGGCCGGCUGUUCUUUGAGUUCUACCGGCUGCUCCACGAGGCGCGGCCCAAGCCGGGGGACGACCGGCCGUUCUUCUGGCUCUUCGAGAACGUGGUUGCCAUGGGCGUCAGCGACAAGAGGGACAUCUCCCGCUUCCUCGAGUGUAACCCCGUAAUGAUCGAUGCCAAAGAGGUGUCCGCCGCACACCGCGCCAGAUACUUCUGGGGAAACCUGCCGGGCAUGUCCAGACCAUUGGCAUCCAUGAACAAUGACAGGCUGGACCUCCAAGACUGUCUGGAGCACGGUCGCACGGCUAAGUUUGAGAAGCUGCGCACCAUAACGACGCGCUCUAACUCUGUGAAGCAGGGGAAGGACGAGCACUUCCCCGUCUACAUGGACAGCAAGGAGGACAUCCUCUGGUGCACCGAGAUGGAGAGGGUGUUCGGCUUCCCCGUCCACUACACCGACGUGUCCAACAUGAGCCGCCUGGCCCGCCAGCGGCUGCUGGGGCGCUCCUGGAGCGUGCCCGUCAUCCGCCACCUCUUCGCCCCGCUGAAGGAGUUCUUCGCCUGCAACUAGCUCCUGUCUCCCCCCUCCCUCCCUCCCUCCCUCCCCCUCUCCCUGUAUUACUCACCCCUGCUGCUUCCACAGCAAGCAACUAGUACUGAGACGCUCCUACCCAGGGGGCCCUCACACCAUCCAAGGGCCCCCUCCUCUCGACAAGGACCCACAGUGACACACACACACACACACAAAGCACACACACAGACAUUGACAGACGCACGCAACGCAGGCGACACACAAAUGGACGCACACACAAGGAAAAUGGGACAGGAGUGCCCAGCAAGAAAACACACACACAACAUCGUGUAAAACAAAAGAAACAAAAUGUAGCCGCAGGUUAAUAGUGAGGUGAACGUUAAAUACCUGAGAUACAUACACACACGCACGUGUACCCGAACGUGUACACAAACAAACACAUUGCAAUGGACUGCUUCUUCCGGAGCCUGUAUAGCUGACUGCAGCUCCCUCCCACUCCCCCCCCCCUCCCCGGUGCUAACCUGGGCCCGGUUUCCCGAAACCUUCUUAAAGCCUUCUUAACGCCACGUCAGUCGUAACCUCUACUUUAAGUUCUACCAUAACAUCUCGCGUGUUUCCCGAAACGUUCUUUGCUACGAGUCUCUUUCGUAUGUCGUUCGUCGGCAAGGUUGGUCUGAAGCGAUCGUAGAACCUUAGCUCUACCGUAGUGAUGUUUUAGCUCCUGACGCUAGUCGUCGCCGCUGUAUAGUAAACUUUAGAAAUCCCUGUUGCGCAUGGGACUGCCACAUUGGCAGUGUUGUGUUCCACCAAUACAGUACAGUACAUACACGGUACAGCAGGCGGUAUACCAAUAACCUCAAAAACUCGCAACUUCAAGAAAUUAUUGUCAGACAAAACUGUCUUCUAAAUUAAGGAAAUGAUACUGGGAAACGAAUAAAGCCUCUUUCCCUUGAUGGCACGCAAUGCGGGCACACAGACAGGUAGCCAAAUGCAAAGCAGGCUCAGCAUAAACAGUGUUAUAUAAUAAGCUGAAUAAACUAUUCAAAAUUUAGCUUUCAUUUCAAAAUGUCUAUUUUCAUAAAUAAUCAACAAGUCGGACAGCUUUGUAAAAAGAAAAUCAGUAUCCUCAUUUGAACAUCUGGGAUGUAAUUAAGGAUGUGAUUGCCUCAAUCUCCUUCGCUGUUUCUAUAUUUUCUAUAAUUUUUCUUAAAUCAGUGUAGGCUAUGCUAUGUUUGCCCAUCGUUAAAUCGUUGUUUAGGCCUACUAGAAGGAUUUCGAGCAAUGUUUUUACGCAAAGACUGAAAUCUUUUUUUGAACGCCGUCAUGCACCGGCGAAUGAAUUGGAAAAUCGAUCGCUGAGCAGCCGAUUUCAGCGCGUUCUUUCUGGAAGGCGCCGUUUACGAACGAAGUAAGGAGUGUUUCCUAAGAAGACUCCUCAGAGAUCAUUCGGGAACCUCGCCUAUAGAGGUAAACAACUUUGAUAAGUCUAAACGUAAGAGUCUUUUUAGUGCACUAAGAGUGGACGUUAUCGGGAAACCGGGCCCUGUUUUCUAUCAGCUCAAGGUGAUAUCUACUACAUCACACACAUGUACACACACACACACACACACACCCAAGCCGUGUCCACGCUACACCAGAGAAAGGGAUGAAUCAUGGAUGAAAAGAUUCAAACGUACGGACAAAACGCAUUCUUCCAAAAAAACCCUGGUGAAUACGAGAAACAGGAUGGGAGUCUUUUGAAUCCUUCCAUGUUUCCAUGUAUCUGGUGUAGUGGGGAAACGGCUAUCGACAGAAACAAACCCUUUCUUUAGUGCAGGAUUCAUGUGAUUUAUAUCUACAGAUUACCCUCUAACUUCUAACCUCUGGCUUCUGACUUUACUCUGUGGCAAAACAUGCCUGGGGAAAGCAAAACUGCAAUUAUUCAGACAUUUUCCUUUAUUCUGUUUAAUUCAGUGUACCAGUGAAUUAAUCUACAACCUAACACUUCCACUUUAAGUUAGUGUUUAUGAACAGCAAUGAACAUACUCAUAAAUAUACGUUUCCAGAAAGAGGAUUGCAAAGCAAUCAAAUUAUUAUAUUGAUAUAUAUUCAAAAACCUUUGGUGCUGUCCAGGGAGUCCCAUCGCGACCCAACUGACCCAUAACGUUUUGUUACAGUCUAUGGUGCUUUAAGAGACUCACAGGUCUCUGGUGCUUGAUUUGCAUCCAUCCCUGAAUUUAGUCAAUCUAUGGCGAUUUGGUUGUUGGUCGAUUUAUGUUUUGUUUCUAUUGACCAGCGCAAGAGGCGGCUAGGGGCCCGACGGCUCGCUGUGCAACAUUUAUCUUCCUUACAGCGCUUGGGGGUUGUGAGACCGUGGGUUCCCUGGUGCCGGAUCCUUCAGACUACCCCCCCCCCUACAAGUUAUCAUGUCCUCUGUAAGAAGGACGAGGUCCCCAUACUGUCUCUGUACUGUUGAGUCCCUCUGAGGUCGAUAAAGUUAUCGGGUCACAGGGUCAAAGGACAGUUUGAACCGUGUUUGUCGAACUGCAAGACGGUGAUGUCCUCCCUGACCGCUCUGCCCCUCAGUAACGACACGCCCACCUCAGGCGCCCAAUGCUCAAUGAAUCUUUGCAUUCUAGAUGAUUAAAGACGAGAGGAGGCUGGUUCUUGUGAACUUGAGGCUCCAUGCUUUGGGCUCAACGGUGGACCCGUCGAGGGAGGCCUCUGCGGCUGGUCAAAUAGUGAACGUUGGCAUCUGGUGGCUGGUGCAUUACCCAUUUACCCAAAACGGCCUUUGUUAUCUACGUUUUAAAAGAACAAACGGACGGGGCCUUGUUUUGUCUCUGGAUGCUUUGGUUUUUUUUCUACUUUUCGGGGCUACUGAAACCUGAGGAUCUCUUUCAAAUCAUGUAUACCUCCCACCGCAGGCCUUCCUCCACUGCUGGUCACGGCCAACGUGCAAACAGCCCCCACGCCGCCGCCAAAUAUAUAGCCGCCAUUUCAUAACAUCCGUACGGAGCACUGUUUUCGCUCUCUGCGUGCAGAGCCCGACAAUUUCACCCAAAAAGUUUUUGGUCGGCUGAGCCCUGGCGGUAGCUGGGAUGACGUCCAUUUCGUUAUGCGCAGAUCAUGCGCAAGCGAAUAGGAGUGAGGUUUUAGUUGUCCACAGUGACACUGGUUUCCACACCACUAUGAAGCGGUGCAUGGACGACUGAAGGACGCCUUCUGUGAAGUCUUGUGUAGCCGUGGCCGGCACACUGGUGCCAAGCUCGGGGGAUAUAUACCUAUACCUUUAUUUGUUUUUACGGAAAAAAAUUAAAAAAAAGCUCUUCCACUCUCCGGUGCUCUUAGUCUUCAGAUGGUGCAGUCUUUUUUCUUGUUAAAAAAAGAAAACAACGUCAAAACACCAGCUACGACAAAUGAGUAGAAA